AUGGCAGCUCCGGGCGCAGUGGCAGCUGCCCGGCUUUGGGUCGCCCUGGUGGCGGCGGCUCUUUGCGGCCACCCUCUGCGCGGGGUGAGUGCCUCCUUGAACUUGGUGCUCAAUUCCAACGCCAUCAAAAACCUACCCCCGUCGCUGGGCGGCGCUGCCGGGCACCCAGGCUCCUCCGUCAGCGUGGCGCCCGGAAUCCUGUACGAGGGCGCGAACAAGUAUCAGUCCGUUGACAACUACCAGCCGUACCGGUGCGCCGAGGAUGAGGAGUGCGGUUCAGACGAGUUCUGCGCGAGUCCCGCGCGAGGAGCGGGUGCAGGAGCGCAAAUUUGCCUGGCCUGCAGGAAGCGGCGGAAACGCUGCCUGCGCCACGCGAUGUGCUGCGCCGGGAAUUUCUGCAGAAACGGGAUGUGUAUGCCUUCUGAUCACAAUCAUUUCAGUCUAGGGGAAAUUGAGGAGACUGUUAUCGAAAGCUUUGGUAAUGACCAUAGCCCCUUGGAUGGAAACUCCAGGAGAACCACACAAUCGGCACAAAUGUAUCAUACCAAAGGACAAGAAGGCUCUGUCUGUCUCCGAUCAUCAGACUGCGACACGGGGUUGUGCUGUGCUAGACACUUCUGGUCCAAGAUCUGCAAACCUGUCCUCAAAGAAGGUCAAGUGUGCACCAAACACAGGAGAAAAGGCUCCCAUGGGCUGGAGAUAUUCCAGCGCUGUUUCUGUGGGGAAGGUUUAUCUUGCCGGAUGCAGAAAGAGCACCAUCAAGCCAAUAAUUCUUCUAGGCUUCACACCUGCCAGAGACACUAAGCCUGCUGCCAGGCUGCAGUGGACUCCUUUGAUAUAAUAUAUGCUAUGAAAAUCUAUUGUGACUUUUUCAGCUGAAUCCUAAGGAUGUACAAAUUCUCUGAUUAUAGUUAAGCAUUCCAAAAUCCUUCCUGAAAUCUGGAGUGUAAGAAGCUUUGUUUCUUUAUGGAACUCCCUGUGACUGACUGCAGUAAAUUACUGUGUUGUAAAUUCUCAGUGUGGCACUUAACCUGUAAAUGCAACAAAAUUUUUAAUUAUUUUUCUAAAGGUGCUGCAUUGUCUAUUGUUUC